CGGCGGUGGCGGCGGCGGAUUCCCGGGAUUGAGGCAGAGGCUGAGGAGACGGCGGCGGCGGCCAUUUCCCUCACAGUGGCGGAGACCGAGGCGGCGGCGGACGGGGAGCGGCCUGGCCCCGGCCCCCUGCUCGUCGGCUGUGGCGGGGCCAGUGUGGGGCCUGCCCGGCUCCCGCCCCCUGCGGCGUCCCCGCCGGCUCCUCCUCCUCCCCCGGGGGGGCGGCGCAGGGGGCCCGGCCCGGCCCGAGCUCAGGCCGCCGCUGCUGCCGCCGCCGCCGGAGGAGGAGCAGCAGCAGCAGCAGCAGCAGCCGCAGGCGGCGGCGGCCCCUCCAUGGGCGGCCUCGCUGUCGGGAGGGACAUGGAGCCGGGGCUGCCCGUCGAGGUGCGUGGCUCCAACGGGGCCUUCUACAAGGGUUUUGUGAAGGAUGUCCAUGAAGACUCAGUCACCAUCUUCUUUGAGAACAACUGGCAGAGUGAGAGACAGAUCCCCUUUGGGGAUGUUCGGCUACCACCACCAGCUGACUAUAGCAAGGAGAUCACGGAAGGGGAUGAGGUGGAGGUUUAUUCCCGAGCCAAUGAGCAGGAACCUUGUGGUUGGUGGCUGGCAAGGGUUCGGAUGAUGAAGGGAGAUUUCUAUGUCAUAGAGUAUGCAGCUUGCGAUGCCACCUACAAUGAAAUUGUGACCCUGGAACGGCUCCGACCUGUCAAUCCCAGUCCUCUGGCUACCAAAGGCAGUUUUUUCAAGGUCACCAUGGCUGUUCCUGAGGAUCUGAGAGAAGCCUGCUCCAAUGAGAAUGUCCAUAAAGAGUUCAAGAAGGCUUUAGGAGCCAACUGCAUCUUCCUAAACAUCACUAACAGUGAGCUCUUUAUUCUGUCAACGACAGAAGCUCCUGUGAAACGGGCAUCCCUGCUAGGUGAUAUGCAUUUCCGAAGCCUCCGCACCAAACUGCUGCUCAUGUCCCGAAAUGAAGAGGCCACCAAGCAUCUAGAGACAAGCAAGCAACUAGCAGCAGCAUUCCAGGAAGAAUUUACAGUAAGGGAGGACCUGAUGGGAUUAGCAAUUGGGACUCAUGGUGCCAAUAUCCAGCAGGCCCGAAAAGUGCCUGGGGUCACAGCCAUUGAACUGGGCGAGGAGACUUGCACCUUUCGAAUCUAUGGGGAGACCCCUGAGGCAUGCCGGCAGGCCCGAAGCUAUCUUGAGUUUUCUGAAGACUCUGUCCAAGUGCCCCGGAACCUGGUUGGCAAAGUGAUUGGGAAGAAUGGAAAAGUGAUCCAGGAGAUUGUGGAUAAAUCUGGUGUGGUGAGGGUUCGAGUGGAAGGUGAUAACGACAAGAAGAAUCCCAGGGAGGAGGGAAUGGUUCCUUUCAUAUUCGUUGGCACCCGGGAGAAUAUCAGCAAUGCUCAGGCCCUAUUGGAAUAUCACCUCUCUUACUUGCAGGAAGUAGAACAGCUUCGACUAGAAAGGCUACAGAUUGAUGAACAGCUUCGGCAAAUUGGGCUGGGCUUCCGUACACCUGGAAGUGGUCGAGGGAGCAGUGGUGGUGACAAGACUGGCUAUGCUACGGAUGAAAGCUCUUCCUCUUCCCUCCAUGCCACUAGAACCUAUGGGGGUCGAGGCCGAGGCCGGAGGACAGGAAGUUCUGGCUAUGGGCCUGGUUCAGACCUGUCUACUGCUUCAGAAACAGAAUCUGAAAAACGAGAAGAGCCUGACCGGCCUGGACAUAGUGACCAAGAUGCCUCUAACCGGGGUGAAGAGGGUCGUAGGAGACCAAUGGGGGGACGAGGUCGAGGGUCCAAUCCUACGCCCCGGCUUCCUACAAAGUACAGCACAUCUUCCAUUAGCUCAGUACUGAAGGAUCCUGAUAGUAACCCCUAUAGCCUACUGGACACAUCAGAACCAGAGCCCCCAGUUGACUCUGAGCCUGGAGAGCCACCUCCAGCUAGUGCCCGGCGCCGACGUUCCCGCCGCAGACGCACAGAUGAGGACCGCACCAUCAUAGAUGGAGGACUGGAGUCUGAUGGGCCUAACUUGGCUGAAAAUGGUCUGGAAGAGGAAUCAAAACCCCAACGAAGAAACCGAAGCCGCAGACGACGUAACCGUGGUAACCGGGCAGAUGGCUCCAUCAGCAGAGACCGGCAGCCAGUAACAGUGGCAGAUUACAUCUCCCGGGCAGAAUCUCAGAGCCGACAGAGGCAGCCCCCUGAGCCCACUCAUGUUCCUUCCGAGGAUUCCCUCUCAGGACCAAAGGGUGUCAGCAAGCUUCCUAAGGGCCCCUCAGAAAAUGGGGAGCUCUCUGCCUCCUUGGAACUGGGCAGCUUGGUGAAUGGGGUCUCAUAAAAGUCCCUCCACCCCUUCCUGUCCCCCCUCCCUCCCAUCUUGCUUGCUACCCAACAAGCCCUUCCUGACCCGCAUUGGAGCUGCUCUUGUCUAAGGGGGGAGGGAACAGUGGCCACACUGUGGGUUCUUCCCCACCCCCUAGGGGCUUGGGGUGGGGUGGGGUGGGGUGCUUGUUACAGGGUCACCCUCUCCUCUUCUUCCUCUGUCUACCCCACCCCAUGGUGAGGGGAGCCUCCCCCUCCAUCAGACUGGAUGUGCCUUUUAUCCUCUAAUGCCCCAAUCUCUCCCUGGCCCCUAAUUCUCUCCCCAGCCUGUUUGUGGGGAGGGUCCUCCUGUACCCACCCAAAUUUGGUGGUUUGGGGGGGUUCCCUUGGCACCCCUUCCUCUCAUCCUGUCCCCCCCUUUCUGGGCCUCAUCACUGUGGAAGAUGGG